AUGAAGGACAAGCAGCAGUACUCGGAGGUACUCAAACGAGUGAAGCAGCAGAUACCUUCCGAACAGGCUCGUGACUGCGUUGACAAAAUCCGCAAAAAGACAACAGGAGAUAUGCUGAUCAUCCUCUCAAAGGAUAAGGAGAACGAAUCUGAUAGCCUCCACAAGGCGAUAGCCGAGCUCCUUGGAGACGAGGCUGAUGUCCUCAGUAAAGGACCACAGGAGGAACUUGAGAUUAAGGAUCUCGACGAGCUGACGACGAAGGAAGAGGUGCUUGAAGCCCUGAGACUCACAGCCGGGGUAGAUUGUCAAAUUUCCCCGGAUGCCAUCAGGUCUUUGCGCAAGGCCUACGGAGGUACCCAGACUGCUUCAGUGACACUGGCCGCAGCCGUCGUGAAGAAAGUCCUAGGCGAUCGAGGCAAGAUCCGUAUAGGAUGGGUGAACUGCCGGAUCAGACGGGUGGAGAGAGUGAUCAAGUGCUUCAAGUGCUGGCACUAUGGGCAUCUCGCCAUCAAAUGUAGGAGUCAAGUGGACAGAGCAAAGCUCUGUACAAAAUGUGGGGAAGAUGGACACAAAGCUGCUGGCUGUGAAAAAGCAGCCCUUUGUGCCUUAUGCACUGAGAGAGAUCCAUCGAAGGACUGUGCCCAUAUUGCUGGUAGCAGCAGAUGCCCUGUCUUCAGGGAGGCACAUCAGAAGGUGAAUAAGAAACAGUAA